AUGGGUACUUUAAUCGAGCAUAUUUUUUUUACGAUAUUGGCUAAUUAUAUGGUGCUUAAACUACCACUACAUCUAACAGUCAAGCAUCCAGACCUGGAUUUUGGCAUAAAAGUAGAAAAAGCUGAAUUUCCCCUUAAUAGCCGUGAUAAAGAUUUGACAAUUCAUUUCAACAGCUAUCUUAACUUUAUCUCAGAAGCACUGAGAGUUCUAUGGCUUUUAUUCCUGGGACUAGAAUACGUUAAGUUUGAUGGAUCUGAAUUGAUGAAAAGCGUAAAGAUCUUUAUCGAAAUGUCGCACUCCCAGUUGGACACUCUUAUACUUUGUAGCAUCCUAUCAUACUGUGGCUUGAUAAAACAUUACAGUACUAAACAGCAUAUUAAUGGUAAUUUUAAUCAAUUGAACUUGAAUAACCAAGAACACCCGACGUUAUCAAAGAGGUGUCGUAUAUGCUUCAACAAUACAGACAAAAUAAAUAGAUCUCUUGCAUGUGAACUUGAGAGGCGUGACAUUGAAUGUCUUCAGAAGCUCUGUAAAGGUUUUAUGAACAAUGACAGUCAUGCUUAUAAUACUGUGUUCACAAAAACGUGGGUGGCUAUAGUGGGAUUUUAA